GGAAUGUUGUCACGAAGUCUUAGUAGUACACGUUAAGUUAAUGGGAUUAUUUUGCAACAUUGCGUGUCGCAUAAACAAUAACACUAUCACAAAAGGUUUCGUGUUUGGUCAGGUGACUAUGCGCACGCACGCACACAUUACUUUUACUUUUAUGUUUUUUCUUUUAUUCUAGGGUUGAAGACCUAGAAACGAGGAUAUUACACGUGACACGAAUUUUCUCAAAUAAUGGAUUGUCGAUCACCUGCAUACACACCAUCAAAUUUGUACUACUAAGUUUAUCACAAAAAUGCACUAAGUACUUAAUAAGGUCAUUGCUUAACUAUGGGGCACCCAAUUUAUAGUGCGACAUCCAAACCUCAACAGAAUCCCAAUGCCAAUUUGUGAGUGAAAAUUUUAACAUAUAGAAGAAAAAACUAGUUAAUAAAAAUUUUGAUUAUAUCUCUUUUCACUAUAUCACAUUAAAUAACUAAGUCAACAUGGGUAAAGGUACUCCAUCUUUAGGUAAACGUCACAACAAGUCCCACACUUUAUGUAACAGAUGUGGUCGUCGUUCAUUCCACGUCCAAAAGAAGACCUGUUCUUCUUGUGGUUACCCAGCUGCUAAAUUAAGAUCUCACAACUGGGCUUUAAAAGCUAAGAGAAGAAGAACUACCGGUACCGGUAGAAUGGCUUACUUGAAACAUGUUUCCAGAAGAUUCAAGAAUGGUUUCCAAACUGGUGUUGCCAAGGCUCAAUCUGCUUAAAUUUGAUUCAUCAAAUCAUUAUAGAAUUAAUAAGUUAAAAUUAACAUUAACAUUUUCAUAUCAUUGAAUAUAAAUUAUCAUUUCAUGUUGGAAUAGUAUUGGAAUUUAAUUAAGAGUUAAUUUUCUUUUCAUAUACAUAAUUUAGAGAUUUAUUUCAUUUUUUUAUGAAAUUUCUCCGUUUUAUUCUAAACCUUUUCCAUAUUAUUUAUAUUUAUGAUUUUCUAUUUAAGUAUAUUAUGUCUUUCAUUCCCCAAACAAUAUAAAAAUAAUUCAUUUGUAACAUAAAAG